CUGAAAAACCUUACAUCUAAAAUAGCUUCUGAGUGAGAGAAAAAAUAGCAGGAGGGUUAAAAUAGUGCAACACAGGAAAAUACAUUUCACACUGGCAUGGUGGUCAGUGAAGUAAGUCUCUUGGUUGCAGAGAUGUGUUAAAGUCGCGUCGCAAAACCUGUGUAACCACAGCCCCAUCCUGUUUCCAAGGGAGUGGAGGGGAGCUGCAGUUUAACCAUCAAGUCACCAGUAUAUAUUCAUUCAAACACAUGUAUAAUUCUGUUUUGUAUCUUGGCUAAUUGUCUGGCAAAUUAGGUUAUAUUUUUUUCAUGACAUUAUUACACUUGUAUUCUGUCUGGAAUAUGACAUCUGCCAGACCUGAAGAUGUAUACCAUUUUAAAAUAUUUAAAUCCUAGCUAGAAGAAGCUUUAGAUCUUUCCAGUCGCUGUGUCUCCUACGAGCCAAGUGAUAAUCUGAUUAUCCCUUGAUUCCAAGAAACAAGGACAACCUAAUUUGACCUGUCCGAGUGUCAUCCUAAUCAAGGAACAGUGAAACCACCUGUAGUAGGAAUAUACAAUGUAUUUUUAUCAUGUUGAAUGAAAAGUAGUGCUAAUCAGGGUCUUAAACUGCUAACAACAAAGGAGGUCCCAAGCCAGCUUCAUUACAACAGGACAGGAAGAGCGAGAUAAAUACAAAACUAUAAAGUGUAACGUACAUAUGCUCACUGCCACAAUAUCCACUGGCGAGAGAUAUUAAGUGUGUCGUCUCUAAAAUGUCUGAUUUAUACAGGUAAUUGGGCAUCAUCCAUAACUUAAAAAGUGAUAAAGUGGAGUAGGACUUGCUGUAUAUCAAGUCAAUCUUUUUGAUAGCUUAGGUUAACCAUGUGGGCAGGCAGUGGAACACUAAACCAUGUGUGAUAUGCUAUGCAUGUAUCAUUCUUCCCACUACUCAAUCCCACAGUUCUCUGUUUAGCAGAACAGGAAACUACUGUGUAUGAAUCAAAUAAAUACUGAUCAUAGAAUAUAUUUGAUGUUACAGUAAUUACAUCAAGAUUGAUGCUGUUAACACCAUUCAUUUGUUGUUUUAUAUAAUACUGUGCACUGCUUACCUUUAAGCAGUGCAGAAACCGCCCCCAUGAAGUGGAUAUUGUUAAUUUACAGUGCAUGCUAUUUCUAGGAUUUUUGCGCUCAUGUCUGUACAAAUUGGUUACUGGAAGUUGCUUGUAGGUGCAACAUUCUCUUCCAUGUUGGUCUGCUUAUCCGCCUCGCUUUCUGUGCUGGACAGACCGAGAGAGAGUGUACACUUCCAGAUCACUUUUAGCAUAACUAGCUUUACAUUUUCUUGGUUUUCGAUGUAUGCAAUCAUUGAGUGAUAUUUAUUGCACUGGAAUAAAGAAGAGCAGUCUGUGUUAAGGGUCUUCUUUAACCUGAGAUCGGGGCCUGCUCUUUAGUUUUAUUUGCCUGCCAUGUUUUUGUAGCCUAACACAAUGUCUUUAUAGAAGUAAGAGCCAUCUCUUUAACACAUGCUAUAUGUGUCAUUUUACUUCUAGAGUGAAACUGUAUCUUACAGGUUUCCUUUCGGUGGGGCCCGUCAUCUCUCAGGUACUCUGGAUCACUGCAUUACUCCCACCAAGCUGGUGAGGGGGGUGGUUUUCUUAGUUUAGCAAAACCCCCAUAAAGGUAAUCUCAUCUUUUAAAUUAGUGCAGUCUUCUUUUAACACAAAGAAACAAUGAGAUUGACUCUGCUAAUGCAGGAAGUGACAUGACCAACCCUCUCUUCCUUUUCUGUUUGGUCUAUGUUGUGGCUGCUGUUUUCUUAUUAUAAUUGACGAACCACUUGAGUCAACGAGGGGCUUGUGAACUGUAUUCUGUAAAACUGCUUCGCAGAGGUCUAGAAUGGGGCUUCACAAAACCAGGCUUUUUGUUUUGUGGAUGUCGUUGAACCUUAUGGCUGGAAAAGCUAGCAAUAAGUGUGAGAGGGAAGUUAUUGUUAAGACACAAGUCAAUGGAACUCUUGAUUCCAAGACCCUCAUUCCAUGCCAGUUUGACAGCAGCCUCCUCAGUCAGGCCAUGCAGGGGAACACAGCUGUUGUGUGGACUUUCAUCAAUGAAACAACAUCUCAACUACAGUUUUUAGUGGAAAUUGGAGAAUCAGAAACUCCAAAGUUCUGGGAUAACCGAAAAGGCAGAAUCAUCCUAUUCCCGACUCUGUCGAAAGAGGGAAACUUUUCCAUACUUCUCAGCAGAACACAGUCAGAAGAUCAAGGGAGAUACUUGUGUGAGCUGUAUGAUGGUGUUAACUGCAGUUUGGGAGUGCAGGAGGUUCAACUCACAACAAGAGCUGCUGGCGUACGUUCUGAAAUGAGGUGGUAUAUUAUCACAGGAGGAGGAGGAGGACUGGGGGUCAUUCUGCUGCUGAUCUCAAUGCUUGCGUGUUUUCUAUGGAAACGUGGAUCCAGCGGUAAGCCAGACUCAGGAUUAGUACCAAGUGAUCCUACUGUUGUGGAAAGAAAGAAGAAAAAAGGUCGCAAAGCUGAAGAACCUAUUUAUGCCAACGUGACCUACAACAUAGAAAAUCAGCUGUUUCAAAUGAACCAAGUGGACUUAAAAAAAGCUGAUCAUAAGCAAAAAAAUCCAUCAAACCAGGAUGUUAGAAAAGUGGACGAGAAUCAAAGCAGUCCGUUCCACAAAGGAGAAAAGCAGCUGAAUGUAAGAAAAGCUCAUUCUGAAAAUCAGUCAGGACUACAUGGUGCAGGUUAUCAAUUGGAUGUCCCUAGAAAUGACAGCCUUGCACAACACAAUCAUUUCCACGAUGGAGAAAAACAGCUGAAAGUGGAAAAAGUUGAGUAUGAAAAUCGGAUGCACGAUCCUGAUUACCAGACGGAUGCUGUUAAAAAAGCUGCCAAGAAGCGAAGUAAACCCUCAAGAAACAAUUAUGAAAAUCCAAUUUAUGCCAACAGCUGUGAGCAUCUUGACCGAAUAUAGGAAGAAAGAAGGGAUGGCAAACACAGCUGUGAAAAUCAGUGGCUCCCAAACUGCGGUGCCAGGGCAUCCCUGGGGGGGCGCAAGACGGUUUCCGAAAGGCUGGAGCACUAAUUCUCUCAAUUUACCCCUGACACCUGACAAGGCAAUGGGGUUCACUUGAAUGUAACACUUAACUGCCUUGACUUCAACCCCAUCGUACAUCAUUCUUCAUUUCCAUGCUCAUUCUAACAUUGUGUACCACUUACAACAAAAGAGGGUGAUUGUAAAGACCAAAAACAAUUACAUUGCUAUUGAUUCAGUGUGUUUUUUUUUUUGCUGUUAACUAAUGUGCCACCAAAGCUUUGUAAUAUUUAACUGGACUGCUUCAUUACGUCGGUUAUUUUUGUCAAUCAUAAUGAUAUAUCUAACAUAUAAUCACCUAUUGAAUGGACUGCGUGCUUGAUGUGCAGUGUGAUCUGGUGCAUUGCUGUGGUAAACUUACUUUCUAAUCACCCUGUAUAGUGUUGAUAUUUGCAUUUUUCUGUUUUUGAUGAUUUUUUUGCACUAUUGUUGUUUUUUGUGUUAAUUUUAAAUAACUUAAUAAAAUCUG